AUGUCACAGGAGGAUUUCGAGACCUACAAGCUUGGCGACUGGGAGCUUCAAAGCGGGGAAAAGAUCGUCGAUGCUCACAUCGCGUUCAAAACAUUUGGAGACCUAAACUCACCAGCAAUCCUGUACCCAAGCUGGUUCUCAGGCUCGCUUUCCGAUAACUUCUGGUUGAUCGGAGAAGAUAAGACGUUGAACCCAAAGAAGUACUUCAUAAUCGUCACUGGUCUGUUCGGAAAUGGGCAAUCUUCAUCACCGUCUAAUCAGCCUACGCCCGGCCCAUUUCCAAAGGUGUCGUUCUAUGAUAAUGUACGGGCCCAGUACGAACUAAUUACGAAACACUUUGAGAUUACACACCUGCGCGCUGUAGUCGGGUGGUCUAUGGGAGCUGGGCAAACUUUUCAGUGGGCAACUCAGUAUCCCGACUUCAUGGAUCUCGCAAUCCCAUUCUGUGGAUCGGCGAGGACUUCGUUGCACAAUCAAGUGUUCCUGGAAGGCGUAAAAAGCGCACUUCUUGCAGUUAAGAAUACGCCAUCAGCAGGGGCUGGAGAGGUUGGAGUGCAGAAAGAUUCGUCUGAGUUCCGGACUUGGACGGUUGAGGAGAAAGAAAUCGGUCUCAAGGCAAUGGGCAGAGUCUAUGCUGGAUGGGGUUUCAGCCAAGCCUUUUAUCGGGAGAAACUGUAUGAGAGUGUUCUAAAGUACAAAGGACUCGAAGACUUUAUGCAGAAUUUUUGGGAAAAGUGGGCUUACCCCGAAAAUCUGUUGGUCAUGGUCCAGACCUGGCAGAAUGGCGAUGUUUCUCAGCAGCAGCCAUACAACGGAGACUUUGAAAAGGCAAUGGCGUCGAUCAAGGCAAAGACUCUUGUUUUGCCAUCCAAGACGGAUCUAUACUUCCCACCGGAGGACUCGGAGUAUGAAGUUGCAUGCAUGGCGCCUGGGGUUGGAAAACUGGGUGUUUUCCCCUCUAUUUGGGGACAUUGGGCAGGAGGCCCUGGUGACAGUAAAGAGGACGUGGAGUGGCUGGACAAUCAGCUUGAACAGUUCUUUGCGGAGAACAAGCCGCGUGGCAUUGCAGGCUUGGUGGAGAUGGUCAAGAAUGUGCUGUAA